AUGGGCACUGUGGUUCCCUUCUGCCACAGCAGUGACCAGCCCUCAGCCCUGCAGCAGCAGUUCUCGGAGUGGGAGUGCGGCUCAGCGGUGCCACAAGGCACAGACCGAGGCUGGAUGUGCUGCCCAAAGGGCUGGAGAAGGUUUCAAGGAAGCUGCUAUUUCCUGUCCACUGACAUGAUGAAUUGUGCUGAGAGUGCACGGAACUGCACUGGGAUGGGCUCCCACCUGGUGGUGAUCACCAGCGAGGCAGAGCAGGAAUUCCUCACUGAGCUGAAAAAUCAAGAUGUGCCAAGAAUGAAUUUAUACAUUGGUCUGUUUGAGGUUGGUGUCGACCAGUGGCAGUGGGUGGACAAGACUCCCUACAAUGAGACAGCAGCGUUCUGGCGAAUUGGGGAACCAGCUCCAGACCAUACUGAGAACUGCACAGUAAUGCAUGUGCCUGAAGAGACCCUCAACAACUGGAAUGAUGUCAGACCAACUACGAAGCAUCAUCGAAUUUGUGAAGCUGCCGCAGCAACUGUGUGAUGGAAAUGCCCCUGUCCUGAGUAAAGCUGGGAGCUCAGCAGGGAGCUGGGAACAGCUCUGGCUGUGCUGGGAAGGGUGGGGAGCUCUGACACCUCUUCACUCUGUGGGG